AGAGAGAGGGAGAGGGGGAGAGAGAGAGGGAGAGAGGGAGAGAGAGGGGGGACAAGCCGAGCCCGAGUCGAGAGAUCAUGGCGGCCCCUCUCGGACGGGACACCCUGCCUGACCACUGGUCGUACGGAGUUUGCAGAGAUGGCAGAGUCUUCUUCAUCAACGACAGAACUCGCGGCACCACUUGGCUUCACCCGCGCACCGGAGAGCCGGUGAACUCGGGCCACAUGAUCCGCUCAGACUUGCCCAGAGGAUGGGAGGAGGGAUUCACGGACGAAGGAGCCAGCUACUUCAUCAACCACAACGUGAGGACUACGUCGUUUCGGCAUCCUGUGACUGGACAGAUUUCCCCUGAAAACACGGAAUACACACUACAAGACAGGCUGGAGUCCCUUAUGUCCAAGUCGGCGGCCGACCAGAGAUCCCCCAGCAUGGUCACAGAGUCGUCCAAGGCAGUGACCUCAGCAGCUUUGGAUGCCACAUCAGGGUCAAAGGUCUCCAGAAGUUCAGGGAAAGUACACAGUUUUGGCAAGAGGGAUCAUGCUAUUAAAAGAAACCUUAAUAUCCCAGUGGUGGUGAGAGGCUGGCUCUACAAACAGCUCUGGAAUGCGACUGUGGAAACGGAAGUGGUUUGUUUUGUCGGACUACUGCUUGUUUUACUACAAAGCGUGUGUGUGCGUGUGUGCGUGUGCUCUUGCUUCACAGACAGCCGAGAGGAGACGGUGCUCGGGAGCAUCCCUCUGCCCAGUUAUGUCAUUGCACCAGUCGAGCCUGACGACCACAUAAACCGCAAAUAUGCUUUCAAGGCGAGCCACACAGGAAUGCGCUCCUACAUUUACAAUAAGAACUCUGUGAUUGGCUCACAGGCGGAACACUGCGGGAUGCGGACAUAUUUCUUCAGUGCGGACACACAGGAGGACAUGAAUGGCUGGAUCCGGGCCAUGAACCAGGCUGCGCUGAUGCAGCAGAGUCACACUAUAAAGAGAGAGGUGGAGAAUCCAGAGAAGGCUGGACAGCUGGCAGUGCCGCAAACCAACCAUGUCCACAUCAACCAGAACUCGCCUCAGCCAGAAAGCCUUCACAGGGCCGACAGAGAGGACUCUUGUGAUAACGGCAUCCGACUGGCUCACGGAGAUGAGUUGAGGUACGGAUUAGAGAUCCAAAGGAGGCCCAGCCAGUCAGCCCCAGAGGAGCGAGCAGCGAGACUCUCUCCAGAGUCCGUCAGUGGACAGAAGAACGGACAGCAGAAUGUGAUCCAAUUGGCUCUGCCGCCGGAGCAAAAUGGAAAUCUUGUCUAUCAGCGGGGCUUUGUUUCGCAGACGGGCACCGAGAAACACGUGCAGAGGAAGAACACACUGGCUCAGGUGGAGCAGUGGGUCAAAGUUCAAAAAGGGGACCCACCGAAGAGUGCUCCCUCUGCUGAGUACAACCUCCCCCGGCGGACUCCCCCCUUAAAGCCCAAAGGCAGCACAGUGGAUACCACCUAUCAGUCAUUGCCAAAGUCUCCUCGUCUCCCGUCGGACAGCAGCUCUCCUCCGGCAACGAGCAACCUGCCCAGUGACUACAAGUACGCCCACGACCGACUCAGCCACUUUCGCAUGUCCACCGACGAGCGAAUGGCCGCCAAGGAGGGGAUGGUGUGGCAGCUGUACGAGUGGCAGCAGCGGCAGCAGUUCCGUCACGGCAGCCCCACCGCCCCCGUCUACACUGGGCCGAACUUCACAGACGCUUCCCCCUUUAGGGUCACGUUGGAGAUGCCCCGUUCCAUCUCUGUCCCACCGUCCCCGUGUGAAGUCCCACCAUCCGUCCCCUCCUCAUUCAAACCCCUGUCCCCUCGCAGGCCACACACUCCCUCAGACAGACGCACAGUCAGACCCCUGGACGAAGUGACAUCUGGGGACAACACGAGGUCUAGCUCCCCUGGACAUAUUUGUGCCCAUCUUUCCCAGACUUCCCAGAUAGAGAGGCGGUCCAUGCCCGCCAUGGGCUACAUCACACACACUGUCAGUGCACCAAGCUUACACGGAAAAACGCCCGAGGAGCUGACCCUGCUCCUCAUUCAGCUUCGGAGGCACCAGGCCAAGAUGGCUGGUGUGCAUAGCCCCAGCUAUGCGUUCGCUCACCUGCAUCACCAACAGCACAAUGGCCUCCUAGGCCCCAGCAUGCAGGCUGAUGAUACUUACAUACAACUGAAGAAGGACCUGGAGUAUCUAGAUCUGAAGGUGGGCCCCAACAAAGUGACUGGACGAGAGAGUUUAACAAACGAAAGACCGUCCAGGCCCGUGAGAAUAGCAGAGAGUGAUGCCGAUGUGAAAUUAAGUCGACUGUGUGAACAAGACAAGAUUCUCCAGGAGCUAGAGGCCAGCAUACGCACUUUGAAGGAGGACAAGGACAAGUUGGAGUCUGUGCUGGACGUCUCCCACCAGCAGAUGGAGCAGUACAGAGAUCAGCCGGCCCACGCUGAGAAGAUUGCCUAUCAGCAGAAAUUACUACAAGAGGAUGUGGUGCACAUCAGGGCUGAGAUAUCCCAAGUCUCCACGGAGAUGGAGAACGCAUGGAACGAAUACAGCCGGCUGGAGAGGGAUGUGGACUGGCUGAAGUCCGCCCUGCAGGGACAGAUGAACCGCAGUGAUCUCUCUCAGCAAGAGAAAGUCCAGAUCCGAAAAGAGCUGUGGAGGAUUGAGGACGUGAUCGCAGGCCUCAGCACCAGUAAAGCCAACUACAAAGUCACUAUCUCCUCUGUCACCAACCCAGAGAGGAAAUUUGUGCCUUCGGUGUCGGCGUCGUCAGUGCCUUCUGUGUCUGGGAGCCCGUCUGCUAUGGAGAUGAGACUGUCCCAGCUUCAGCACAGCCCCCACCUCAGCCCCACUGGCCACACCCCCACCUUUUCCUCCAGCCCCAUCCAGCAGUCCUUACACCACUCCAUAACCAUCGCCAGUGGGCUUAAAUGGGGUGAGGAAGAUGUGCCUCCCAGACCUCCUCUACCUCAGCUCUACAGUCCCGAUGAGCAUCCCCCUGCUGUGCCCCCGUUGCCCCGGGAGACAACGGUCAUCAGGCACACCUCCGUGCGCGGCCUCAAGCGACAGUCAGAUGAGCGCAAAAGGGACCGAGAGAUUGGCCAGUACACUAACGGAGACAGUAAGGUGGAGCUCAGGCCUUUCCUGAGCGAUCCCGAGCUUAUGGGGGCUGGAGACGGCUCCAGCCAAAUCACAGUGGUAGCAUCUGGACAUGAUGGAGGUUACCAGACGUUACCUAGCAGGGGAGUGGCUGGCUCCUCGCUCAGACUCAAUCAGUCUUCAAGCAUCUCCUCAUAUGUGACCCUCCGGAGAGCAGCCUCAGCUGCCGGCAUGAAGGAGAGACCAAAAAGUGCCUUGGAGCGUCUGUACUCUGGGGAGCCGGCGCCGCAGCAGCAGCAGCAGCAGCAGCAGCAGCAGAGGGGGAAGAUGAGUGCAGAUGAGCAGCUGGAGAGGAUGAAGAGGCACCAGAAGGCCCUCGUCCGCCAGCGCAAACGCACCCUGAGUCAUGGAGACCGCCACACCUCUUCGGCGCCGCGCGCCUCGUCCUCCCCGUCCUCGCGCCCACUCUCGGCCGACUUUGGAUCAUGGAAGAGAGAGCAGGAGUUUGACCUGCAGUUGCUCGAGAGGGCUGUUCAGGGGGAGGAGGCCCAGGGAGUCAGGAGUGUCCAGGGGGAGGAAAGACCUCCGGAGCACAAAGAGAGACCCCGCUCGCAGUCGGACGAAUGGCUGACCUAUCGCUCCACGGCCACGACUCCUCCCGCGCACAAAGUCGACCUUGAGCCACUAGAUUAUGACGUAGACCUUAACAAAGAGCUGUCCAAGCCUCAGAAAGUGUUGAUCCCAGAGCGCUACGUGGAUUCAGAGCCUGAGGAGCCUCUCAGUCCUCAGGAGGUGGAGGAGCGCCAUCGCAAGGUGGAGCGCAUCAAGACCAUCUUGGCAAAGUCCAGUGUCCACAACCUAGCACCAACCGUGUCUGUGGAGAAGCCAGAGGUGGGGCUGGUGGCACUGGACUCCGCUCUGCAGGAGCAGGAGAGGAUCAUCACCAUGUCCUACGCUCUCGCCUCCGAGGCUUCUCUCAAGAGCAAACUAGUCACAGUUCCAACGCAGGCUAACCUCCCCACUCCUCCUCCCCCACCCCCUCUCCCGCCUCCGCCUCCCCCUCCCCCUCCUCCUCUUCCUCUUCCAACCGUGUCUCUGGCUCCUUCGUCUCCUCUAAGCAACGGCAUUCACUACACCUUUGUCUAAUGCCAGAAAUACACUCAAGCGAUUUCUGGACACUGAGGUGCUCUUCCACAAUGACAACAAACGACCGGAUUCUACUAGAAAGGAGGAUUUUGUUUGAUUUUGUACAUUUACACGUUUCCGUACAGCAGAAAAGGAACUGUAGUAAACACUUACAAGACAAAACAUUUCGUUUCCGAGGCUCAAACUGCGUGAAACGUUUCUUGCCGCUGAGAUAAACCUUCCUGAGUAAAACAGAAAAUGUUGCCGUGGGAGCUGCUGUGCUUAUGAACUAUGAGUGUCUAACAAAUGUUAAUGUCAUAAUAAUGAAAACAAAUAUUUUCUACAUGUUAUUGCACUUUGAAUUGUACACUGUAUAGUGUUUUCAAUGUAUGACUGACUUGCUUUUACUUGCAGUGUGAUCUCAACUGGGUUUCAUUUUGUUUUGUUAGUUUUUUUCAGGUACAAAAAUGUUAUGAACAAGAUGUACCGAAGUGUGUCAUGACAGUACUAUUUUUUAUCAAAACUCAGAUAAUAUUCUUACACCAAUCCACUUGAGAUAUCAUAAUGUAUGUAUCAGUAGCACUGCCAGUCUCCUUUUAGCUUGCCAAAAUGAAUUUUAUUUUUGCUUACAUCAGGAUGAAAAAUAACCUUUAACGUAUUUUCCGUGUGGCCGGGGAAGGUUUGCACAAUGGACAUUUAUAAAAAUGUGAAUAUUAAAGAUCUUAACACAA